CAUUCAUUUUGGACAUCACCUUACGAGUGAUUACAACGCGUGAAUUCCUUGUUCAUACAAGUGUAAUUCGUAUGAAUUGUGUGUUUUGUGCUCUACGUAACUGCGAACAUAUAGUUAGCAUGUAUAUGCAAGCUAUUUCAACUUGUCCAACGGUAAGCUUUAAAAAUUCUUUACAGAGUAAACUUUUGUCUUCUUAAAUGGAGUUGCUAGAAAAGCAACAAGAGAUAGCAACGAAGAAAAGUUUGUGCAAACUGAAAACGAAGGACUUGUGGUGAAAGGUGAACAGAAUGUGAAUUUUAAACCAGUGGGUGCAACCAUGUUGAAGAAAGGAAACUUGGACUUUUCACAGUGUCACGGUGAAUGAAGUCUUUAAACCUACAAGGUUAAGUACCUGCCAGGACAGGAGGUAUGUUUAACGUGACAAAAACACGAACAAUAUUAAUAGCAACAAAACCGUCAUUAUCAACUGCGAAAUUAGAGAAACUCUUGGUCAAAAUGCCUGGAAUUGAGAUCAGUAAGAAAGAUCUAAAAAAAAUCGACGCGAAACACAAAUGUACUUUCUGUGGCUUCUUGCUGAACAAGCGAAUGGAAGCAAAGUGUAAACACUUCUUUUGUCAGUCUUGUGUUAAAAUUAUUCUGGGACGUCCUAAUCCAAGAUGUCCAGAAGAUCAAGAAAAAUUAAACGAGAACAACGUUUCAGCACACCCGUUCACAAAAGAUGAAUUGGAAAGUAUUCUUCUGCAUUGUCCUUCUGACCCGUGUAAAUGGUUUGGCAACUACAAAAAAUGGAUGGAUCACAUAAAAGACACAUGUGAAAAUGCACCCGUAAUUUGUAAAAAUUGCAAAGAUAAAAUACGAAGAAAAGAUAUCAAAAACCACGAAGAAUUUUGCCAUAAAGUAGACACUGACAAUUGUCAAGUCAUUGGGUGCAACCAUGAUAAAAUUCCAAAACGAAAUAAAUUCCGCCAACGAUGUUAUACCAAUUAAUUGAUCAUUGAGCAAGUUAACCUAAACUAUACUAAUUCUUACGGUAUUUUCUACUGUUUUUGAUGCAGUAUGGUGGAAUGGCAAUGGAAGGUCCUUUUGUUGAACAACGUAGAAUACGUUAGAGUACGUUAACUGUAGUGACUUUAGCAAUUUAACUAGCAUAUUUUGUUAGGGAAAAAGUAUCCAGCACAUGUUCUUUAAAAUUAGUUCAUUUUUUCUCUUUAUUUGCACGUUUAUUUGCGUAUAUUCUAAUCUACUACAUGUGCAAAACUUAAGUGAAUUGAUCCCUAUUAUGGUAUGGUUCUGUGAAAUAACAAUAAACGGUUCAAAUAUAUUGGUAUUCCCCUAAA